AAUUAGCGCUUUGAGUCGGAAAAUGAAAUCUUGCUUUGCGAUUGAAGACCGUAGCAACGUGGAGACCACGGGGAGAAGGCCCUGACAUCACAAACGCAGUCUGUUGACUUUCGCGUGCCUUUCGAUUUUUCACAAUGGCGGCUAAGGACGGUGAUGUUAACCCGAAGGCUUACCCCCUGGCUGACCAGGAGCUCACUUCGAAAUUAGUAGAUUUAUUGGAGCAGUCAGUAAAUUACAAGCAGCUCAAGAAGGGUGCAAACGAAGCAACGAAAUGCCUCAACCGCGGUAUUGCAGAGCUGAUUGUGAUGGCUGCUGAUGCAGAGCCACUAGAAAUCCUCCUUCACUUGCCUCUUUUAUGUGAAGAUAAGAACGUACCAUACGUGUUCGUCAGAAACAAGCAAGCUCUUGGUCGUGCUUGCGGAGUAACCCGUCCAGUUAUUGCGUGCGCCAUCACGCAACACGAGGGAUCUCAACUUCAGAACACCAUCAGAGCAACACAGCAGGCAGUGGAGAAGCUCCUCAUUUAAAUCACUUCAUGUCAUCUUGGGUGUGUGCUUCCUUGGUGUGUCGGUUGGUGGCAAUGCAGCUGAGAGCUGGCUGUCCGGGCCAGUCACUUGUUGCAAGUUUUGCAUGGUGCUUGAUCGUAGGCUAUGUGGACAGCUAACUCCCAGCCGCAUUCGACAGGAAUACAUGUUUUUACUCCUCAUUUUAGCCAGGAGUACAUAACUGACAGGCACUAUCGUAUGAGCAGCUUUUAUGUUUGGUGUGCUUACCAGUUGGCAUGUGCUCAUACAAUAAGUGUUUGUCACGUGCUCUUGAUACCAUGUGUAUCAAGAGAUUGUGCUUAUUAGUCUUGACAACGGCCGAUAUUCGUGAA